UACGUAUUCAACUUUUGUUGCCUGUAAAAUCGCCUCGUGCGAAUGCCCUAUAAGAUCUGACCAGGCUUACAGCUUGGCUUGAGUUUUAAGCAAAGUAAUUUGUGGUCACCGAAGUCAAAAGCCUUUGAGUGAUCAACUAAAGUUAAAAAAGUUAUAUGAUCUUUGUCCAUAUUUUGCCUUAUAUCGUCAGAGUAGUAAUGCAGCUUCUGUUCGCCCGGAAGCCAGAUUGAUGAAUACUAAUAAGUGAAUAUUUACUCACAAAAAUGUUUUUUUGGCGAUGCAUUAUUCGUUCCAGAACCUUGGAAAGCAAUGUCAAAAUGGCAAUUGGUCUGAAGUCACCAUUUGGUUUCAAAAGAGGGAUAAUUUUAGACUUCUUCCAACAGCUCGGAAAGACGGACGUUGUCAAUAUAGUGUUCAAAGCGUAUUUAAGGUAAAGGGGAAUGAAUGGCAAUAUACAUUUAAUGAAUUUAGGAUGGAUUCCGUCAAGACCAACGGCGUUGGAUUUCACAGAAAGUAUGGACUCAACAACAUCAUAUGCAUCUACGCAUAGAAAAGAAAACGAACUCAAGAAGUUAUUAAGACAAACAUUAUAACCUUCAUAACAUUUAUUACUACGAGGACGAGACAAAUUAACAAACUUUGCAUUUACUUCAUCAACAUUUACAGACAGAGAUUUUACUGUGGAUGCCAAUUUCACGAAUAGGCUUUCAUGUCUGCUUUGAGCUUACUGCAGUUCCGAAUUGGUGCUCAUAAUAUUUUAACUUUGUAUGAAAUUAAUUUGAUCGUUAGCAGAUUGGAUCUAGCGAACAGAUUUCCAGUUGAUUGAAUUAACACUUUAAUAGUAAAUAUUUUAAAGUUACGGUAGGAGUAGGAAGACUGGUUGCUAACAGAACGAAUGUCGAAGGUGAGAAAAAUAAGAUAAUGUUUCGAGAAAUUUGGAGCUAUAAGUUGAUAAUACAAAAGUACACUAGACAACUCGUGAAAACGAUUGUGAAAACGGAGAAAAUCGGCCAUCAUUAUGUGAUACAAUACUUUUAUUUGAAAGGCCUCAAACGCCCAUCCAUUAUAAAAGCUGAAUUAGAUUAUACUUUGGGCGGGUCUGCUCCUUCGUUAACAACAGUAAAAUAUUGGGUAGCAGAGUUUAAACGAGGCCGUACGAGCUGCCAAGACGAGCAUCGCAGUGGUCGACUAAAUGAGGUGACGACUCCAGAAAUGGUGAAGAAAAUCCACAAAGCGGUAAUGGAUGAUUGUCGACUGAAAGUGCGCGAGCUAGCAGAUAUAGUAGGCGUUUCAAAAAGUACGGUACAUCGCGUAUUAGCUGAAGAUUUGGAAAUGAGAAAGCUGUGUCCAAGAUGGGUGCCGCAUUUGCUUACACUCGUCCAAAACCAGUGUCGUGAAGAGGUUUCAAUUGAUUAUUUAGCGAAUAAUGAAUCAAUGUUUGAAUUGCUACCUCAUGCACCCUAUUCGCCAGAUUUAGCCCGCUACUAUUUUCUGUUCCCCAACUUCAAAAAAUGGCUCCGUGGUCAAAGAUUUUCUAGCGAUGAAGAAAUGAUGUCGGCAGUUAAUGGCUAUUUUGAGGAGCAAGACAGUUCUUAUUAUAAAAGGGGGAUCGAACUUAUUGAGCGUCGCUGGGAAAAGAGUAUAUAGCUGAAAGGAGAUUAUGUUUAGAAAUAAAUAUAUCUUUUCCCAAAAUUUUUGUGUUUUCUUUGUUAGGUCGGGUACUUCUGGGACCACUCCCGUAAAGUCACCAUGGAAGGGCAUAUCAGUAUGAAAAGUAGAUAUGUGCUAAUAGAGUAUGUACGAUAUCUCUCAAGUGGGAAUAAGGUAGAAGGAAAUGAGAACAGUUACAGGAAGAAGGAAAAAAUAGCAAAUAUAACAAAUAAAUUUAUAAAUUAAAGUCAUACAUUCUAAAAUCGGUCUUAAUUUAAAAAAGUUAUCUAUAUUCAUACAAAAGUUUGAUUACACAUG